AUGGCCGCAACUUGUUGCAUUGAUCCAAGGGCUUACAAGAAUGUGGAAAGAGAUGCUAGAGUGUCAUCAAAGUCAGUGACAGGUAUUUAUUUCCACCGGAGGAAGAAGUUUUCAGAAGUUUCUGAAACAUGGGAAAAAGAGUUUGAUGCGCAUCGGUUCUCUUACAAGUCUUUAUACAAAGCAACAAAAGGGUUUAGUAAAGAUGAGUUUCUAGGAAAAGGAGGUUUUGGUGAAGUCUAG